AUAACUUUGUACUUGAAACCGCACCGGAAUUUCGAUGCAGAGUGUCAAGUGCAUUUGGUAUGUUCACUCGGCUAUGACUUGAUAAUGACAAACAAGUUCACCAAAAUUAAACUUGAGUAGCGUGUGUAUCUUCUGCUUUCGCGCAGCACCUCGAAACCUGAGGCAGGUACUAGCUGGUAUCAUGCAAGUCUCCCCCGUCAACGAAGAGAAAGAAGUUCCCGGCGAGGACAGAUGGAAGUUUUUUCACAUUGUUGAGCUUGUUAUGAAAGGCCAAGGCUACUUCUACAAAAGAAGAGAAAAGUAUAAAUGCACUGUAUUUAAAGUCAACAUGGGUGUCAAGGGUAUCCAUGUUUGCGAUAAAAAAGGGAUCAGGGUCCUUUUUAACAUGGAAAAGAUUUAUAAGGAGGCGGCCUUUGGAAGACUGAACUAUAACAUUUGUCUGCUGGAUGGUUACACACCUUCAAUGUUCUCAAAUGGAGUUCCUCACGAAAAUCAAAAAACAUUUCUGAUGCAAAUCUGCAAAAUAGCUCAGCAAAGUACAAUAUUUGAAACGAGUGUAAAACUGAUCAAAGAAUAUUCCACGAUAUGGCAAAACGCAGAUUCUCAAUUGCAAUCCAACUGGGAAGAAAGCGUCAUGAAUCUCACAAGUGACAUUUUCACAGAAUCUUUCUUCGGAGUCAGAGUGGAUUCAAACGCAAUGUACACAUGCCUUAAGGGGAGUUGGGCAAAAGGAAGUAAAUUAAAAAAAGCAAUGGGGGGUGCAAGUUGCUUAAAGAAGGCCUUCCGAGAGAGCCCAGGUAUCGCCGACAUUGUCAAAAUCGCAGCCAAUUCAGGAGUCACAGAGGACCAAGCGUUAAUGGACGUUUUAUUUAUGCUCAAUUUCAAUUCGUACGGCGGUGUUUCUGGCGCUCUAAGGUCCUGUCUGGCUCGUCUAUUUAUACUAGAACAGGAAUAUAAACAGAAAAUGAGAAAUGAAAUAAUUACAGUGUUAUCAAACCAGGAACUCUCCAUAGAGGCGUUUAAGGAAAUGCCUCAUCUACACAACUUCGUCCUGGAGAUACUGCGCAUGCACCCGCCAGUGCCGGUUUUCUUUGGGAGAGCCAAAGACAACUUUAUUCUGCAAUCAGAGUGUGGCAACUUCAUCGUAAAGAAGGACGAACUUCUUGUGGGAAACGUACACAUGGCUCACAGAGACGAAAGCAUAUUCGAUCAACCGAAUACAUUCAUGCCGUCUCGUUUUGAAAACGAGGCUUUAUUAGAACAUAUCAUGUUUGGAUAUGGACCAUUUAAUGAAGAGCCCACGCCCAAAAAUCAUCACUGUCCAGGACAGGACAUCACCCUGACUGUGCUCAAGGUUGUAGUGUCACACAUUUUGCUAUAUUGCGAGUUUGCUUUGGUAGCACGCCCCGAGUGGACCGGCAAAAAAUUAAGAAGAGUUGGUUGUCCGGACAAGCCAAUGAAAUUGUCGUAUUUCAAAUACACGCCAACUGAGGCUCAAGUUGGCGAAGCACAACUUCAAGUGACGAGCAUAGAAAACGACUAGGAUCCGCUGUCGUGAACCUGGGGUCAAUGUACAACCUACAUACGAUCAGCCAUAAGGAAGUUUCCAUAGAAAAGGAACCUACGGUGGCACUCACCUAAAUACAUGAACUGAGGCGAAAUAGUAGCAAAUCCAAGAGACACUACGAUGCUCUCUAUUGAGAGGUCACAACCGAUAAGCAGGAUGUCAUGGCAAGGGCAUUAUGUUUGGCUGCACCAAAGGCACCACAUGCAUACACGCACCAGUGGAUAUUACAUACUACAUAUAGAAGUCUGAAGCCUUACACACUUUAAAUUACAUCGAAUUUAAAAUGAACACGCACCGGUGGAUAAGUUCCUAGAUGAGAAUUACUUAUGCGCGUGCAAUAUUGGAUAAUUUAUGUCACGUUUAUUUAAAGUUACCACAUGACCAACUUUUGUUGGUAAAACUUUCGUGAUGAGUUGUGUUUAAUGAGAAAAGUCUCUGGAGAGGAACGACAGGAAUUUUAGUAGCCAUAUACUUUACAAGCUAAACGUCUCUUUUAUAUGCAACAAACUGGUAGCGUAUCAGUUGAUAGAUGCCGGCUAGCAAUAUUUCGCUAGCUAACGAAACUUAACUUGGUAAAUCACUGAUCAAAUUCUCAUAUCAAACAGUUAAGGAAAUGUAUGCCUAAUCACAUGGAGAAUACAGUUAUGCUUGAAACUACCCACAUCACCCAAGCCCUUCCCGUCCUGUUCCGUUUACACAACGGGAUCAGAUACAAACAUAAAUUUAUGGUUAGCAAGUUAAUUUACUUUAAGUUUAUAAUAUAUGUACGUAACAAAAAAUACACAAUUAUCACAAUAAAGUACUUUAGAAAUUUUA